CUAACGGACUUCGAUGUUUGGAGGCUAGUUUGUGUAAGCAAUGACGCCGGGUGUUUUUUAUGAUAGUAAAUAGUAGAUAUUAAUAGUAAUAAUUAAUGUAUAUGCUUAUAAAUUAGUGCUAAUGAUUAAUUAAAAACUGGCGGUUAUUUAUAAAAGGAAGAGAUAAUUUUUUUGCAUGAAAUAUCAAGAUGUCGGCAGCAGAAAAAAGAAUCACAGAAAUAAUACGGGACACUUUUGAUAAUGUCCAGGUCAGCAAGACAUGUCACAAAAAAUAUGUAGAAAAAUUAACAAAAGUUAUAAAUAAUAAUGAUCUCAACAAAUUUACUGAAAUUUUCAUAAAAUUCAUGCAAGUAUUCCUGGCAGCCAAAGAGAACAGCAAAAAUGUAAUCAACGCAUUAGAUUUUGUGGUGACAUUCGCCAUGAGUUUACCACCCGACCCAGAUGCUGAAGACUCUCGAGCCGAUGAAGAGGAUGACGCCGAAAAUGUAUCUUUGUCAGCGUUCGCGUUGAAGAUACUGGAUCACUGCUUAAAGAUAGUCGAGGCGACAAGUAAGCAUGUGCGGUACCACGUGUGUCAGCUGAUUGAUAAAAUGUUGAAGUCUAUGCCGGACAACGCUAUCGUCGACGAUUAUGUCUUGGACAGCAUUCAAAAAGCAUUGAUAGCACGUUGCACAGAUAGAGCACCAAAGGUUCGCACGCAGGUCAUGUAUGCAAUGGGACGUCUUCAGGAACCCAAUAAUGAGCAGUGUCAUAUCCAACGUCUGUACAAAUACCACAUGAAUCGCGAUCCUUGUGCUGAUGUACGCGUUGCUGUCAUUCAAUGCAUGAGUGUAACCCGCCAUAAUAUAAACGAAGUUAUCCGUAGGGUUGACGACAUCAAUCAUCAUGUUCGCAAAGCAGCAUAUUUGUACCUGAGCAAAGUCUCUGUUAAUGUAUUCUCUAUAAGACAUCGUGUGGAGUUCAUGCAGAAGGGGCUGAGUGAUGAUUCUUCUAUGGUACGAACAGCAGCACUGGGCAUGCUGGACAAGUGGUGUGACCAUUAUGAUAAGAAUUAUCCAAAGUUACUUGAAGCUCUGGAGGCCCAGACAUUUGAAAGUACUUCGAUAAAGGUAUUAAAUGUGAUAUUUGGAAGAACGGAACGGGACAAGUUGAUCAAGCAGAUUCCGCUGGAUGAGGAGAGAAAGUUAAUUCCGAUUGAUGAGUUGACGAGCGAGACCGCUUUGUACUGGAGAUGUUUGAUUGAGUAUCUUAAUAAAGAAUCUUGUGAAGAAAAACUUGACGAGUGUCGUCCCGAGCUGUCGAAAUUUUGCGCUUACAUUCUUGAGUACCAGACGAUGAUGAGCAACACGAGUUCCAAUGCCAUGAAACAAAGCUGUCAGGUUUUUAUCCUCUGUCAGUUGUACAAAAUCGCUAUGGUUUACGACCUGAGUGAUGAAGUUGGCAGGAGAAAUCUCGACAAAUUGAUCCGGGAGACUCUACAGUCUGAAAAAUGCCCAGUUAGUAUUAUUGAGCUGAUUACUCUUUAUUAUGAAAAAGUUGAACCGGAUGUUGACAGACGCGUGGAACGGCUGACGCACAUCAUCAGCGAGAUACGAUCGCCUUCAACGAAACCAAAUGUCGUGAUUGAACAAUUGUCUGAUGAAGAGCAGCAUCAACGUAAAAUGUUGCAGUCGAAAAAACAACUUGAGUUGCGUUCGCUGGAAAAUGAGAUGUACCGCAAGACUGCAGAGCAAGAUUUCAUCGAAGCCCAAAAGAUAAAAGAGAAGAUAAUUGAGCUGCAGAAGGAAGUAAAAGAGUUGGCGGUAAAUCCGAUUGUUAUGAUGGAAGAAGAAAAUAUUGAACAGAAGGACGAUCCAGACACGAUGAUGAGAUGCUUGACCAUCGCUUGCUGUAUGGUCCAAGUUACCUCAGUGACUACACUUAAUUCAAUACUGAGAAGUCUUUACGAUAACUUGGUGCUUCCUAGUCUCAAUCACACAGACGCGGAGGUCCAGCUGCUUACGCUGAAAACAAAUGGGAUAUUUUUAUGGCUAGAUGAGCAGUUAGCUAAAGAGCGUUUCUGGCACUACCUUCUGAUCUUCACUCAUGAAGAAGUCAAUGUUGACUUUUGUAUAGAAUCUUUGAAAGUUGUCUUUGAUUUAUUGAUCCGCUAUGGUCUUGAAACGUUUGAUUGUAAAAAUGAUGAGACGAGUACGAAUGAAACCACUGAUCUGAGCAGAAGGAGCAGAAAAGGACGAACGUCUAACCGCUUGCAUACCCAGACCUCGGAAAGUAUAUCGGGGCUGAGCUUGCUGUCGGAAAAUCAAGAUAAAAACUUCAUUACCAUCAUAACUGCUCUGUGUGACAACACCGACGAUAGCAUCCGCACUAUUGCUACGGAAGGUCUGUGCAAAUUGCUACUCGCUCAAAGACUGUCCAGUGUUAACUUGGUAUCACGGCUGGUUAUCAUGCUGUUCAAUCCUGCGAAUGAGGGCGCUACUCAACUACUCAACACUCUGAGGACUUUUUUUUCAUUGUACCCUAAUGUUGAAAACAGCCAGGACGUAUUAGAACGAACCUUUAUGCCGACACUGCGUACAAUCAGCCAUGCGCCCAAUGAAAGUCCUCUUCUUGCUAUUGAGUUGGAGAACGUCGCAGGCUUUAUUCUGCAGAUAAUUGACUGCGCGCGUUCAAGAAUAGCUAAGGAUCAUAGUGCUCAUAAUAAUUUGGCUGUUGCCAUUCUUGCUGAGGCCCUCACUUCUGAUAAUGACAUCGAUCGAAGUGUUCUUCUCAAGUCUUUGAAGCAUCUCAAUGUCGACAUCACCAGCGAUCAGAUGAAGCAGGACUUAAUUACUACCAUUGAUGAGAUUGCAGCUGAUCUAAAGAGGAAUGAAAAAAAUCUUAUGAUUUGUCUCAGUCAGUUUAAGAAGAAAAUUGAAGGAGUCCAAGAUCCGGUUGAUGGGCAGGAUGCUAAUCCUCAAGAGACUGAGGGAGAUGAUCAAGAGCAGGAAGAGGAUCACAUAGACAUUGAGGACAGUGAUAAUGAUGAAUAAUUAGUUUCUUGAUAUUGUAAAAAAAGGCGGUUAAUUUUAGAUUGUAAUUAAU